UUUUAAAUGUAGCGUGAGUGUUGUAGCCUGGAGGUCAGACAUCCAUCAUCACUGCCGCCUGAUGCGGAAUGGAGCCGCCAUCCACCCAUCUGUUGACCGCGCGGCUCAAUCUGAUUCGCCAUAACGCUUAAAAACACGACUCUCAACAACUCAACCAUCUCCUCUGCUCUAUGGUUGGACUGCGCGUUGGUGUUUCUUUGUGUUCAAAUAAGAUGUUAUAAACGAGACUGCGAACAAAGAACAUCGCUCCGAUGCGUUAAAAGACAGCCAAUUCCACCUUAAAUGCCAUUUUUGCUGUGGUGGAGACCUAGGCGCCAUCUUCGGUCUACCUUAAGCGCACAAUGUGGCCAACGAACGAAAGCGUACACCAGCCAGGCUUCCGUCCUCAUUCUCCAGCCGGGGAUCGCACUCUGGCUUCGCAGCUUUGACACAGCGUCACUUGUGAAACAGCACAGGGGGGAAAGACGCACUCGGGCCAAACCCCAUCCGCACUUAAGCAGGAGAAGAUGUCCGAGCCCAAUAAGUACCGAGAGUGGAUUCUGGAAACAAUCGACUCUCUCCGCUCGAGGAAAGCCCGUCCGGAUCUGGAGAGGAUUUGUCGAAUGGUCCGGAGACGACACGGGUCAGACCCGGACCGAACCAGGACAGAACUGGAAAAACUGAUUCAAGAGCAGACGGUGCUCAAAGUUAGCUACAAGGGGUCCAUAUCGUACCGAAAUGCGGCGAAGGUGCAGAGGAAAAGCAGAAAGAAGAGUGAGUUUACGGCCGCUGGCGGCAGCAGCAGCAGCAGCAGCAGCGCGGAGGCAGCGAGGGAGCGGACCAAACACGACCAUAUGAACAACAACGGCGACAGUGCGCACAGCUUCACCGACCAGGAGGAGGGAGAGGAGGACUCGGAGCCCAGCCCAGAUUCCCACACUCAAACACCAGCCAGCACAACCGAGAAGAAGCUCAAGCCUGCCGCCAGCCCGAGUAGCGGAAACGGGUGCCUCAGUUGUGGCGCAACAACGGGCUGCGCUGUCGGGAGCUGCUGUAAAGAGGAGAAAGCAAGUGCGCCGACAUACAAGGGAUUAGGACCGCAGGGAGUGCGGAACUGCCCUUCGCCCGGUCUCUGUCACAGAACAAACGCACACGGCAGCGGUGAUGCCAGCAAGUUAUCACCGAGCAAAGCCGAUGCAGUUUGCGGAGAAAAAGAGUCGUGUUUGUCCGGAGAUGACACCCAGAACAAAACUUGCUCUAGGAGCGCCAGCAGCCUCCCGCAACAACAGAGACAGAAGCAGACUGAGCUCCUCAAGCCCAAACUUCAAGUCGGAGGAGGGGGCACCAAAACUGCGGGAAACAACGCCAACUCCGACCUGGGCGACAGAUUGGUGGCUUCUGUUCGCAGCCUGUCCGAGAAGAGCAUGCGAGGGGGCACCGCGACCAGAGGCCACGUGAAGCCGCUCGGGCUGAAGGAGAUUUUGGGUUAUCUGAGCAGCCAGGACCGGCUGUCGGAGGAGAAGCUGACCCGAGGCAAAGUCAAAGUGGUCAUGGAGAGAGAGGUGGCGAGGGGCAGGCUGCGCAGGAGCCGCUGCGGGAACAUUACUCUUCCUCUGAGGGGGAUGGUGGUGGAGAAGCCGAUGCCGAAGAAGGCGUCCGCUGACAGUCUUGUAAAGAGCGCACUGCAGGACAUGCACACUGUGAAAAAGCCGCCGUCCCCCUCUCUCCAGGAGAAUGAGCCUAUGGAAACAGCCAGUGAAGAAGAGGAACCUGAAGAGAAUGAGGAAGAGGAGGAGGAGGAUGAUCCCCGGAGUUCUGAAGAAGGAGGACCUACCCCGGUAGCCAUGACAACCGAACCAGAGCUCAUUGAGAAAACCACAGAAGAUGCUGAGAUCCAGACAGCAUCUAAGCAGGAGAGCCCCCAGCAGCAGCACUAUGGCAAAGGGAUGUGCGGGCUUGAUUCCCUCACCAGGACGCUGCGUCCACCUGUUCAGGAAGCUUCCCUGUCACAAUGUAACAGCACACACUUGGAGGAGAGCGCUGUCGUCCCUGAUCAGCUAUAUACGGAGGCACAAAUGCAACAUGACAGAAACAACCACACCUCCUCAGGCUUUAACAGCUUGGAGUCUAAGACAGAGGUUGGAGUGUCGUCCUGCCUGCUCACACCCACUGCCUCCCCGAAGGACUCCGGCACAUCUGAGGAACGAGGGAUGAACGGAGAUAGCAGUGGAGGGUUUCUGAAGUCUGAAGGGACCAGUGGGAGCCCGGUGGACUGGACAGUGUCUGAUGUGGUCAGUUAUUUCACAGCAGCAGGUUUCCCCGAGCAGGCUGCUGCCUUCAGGACCCAGGAAAUCGAUGGCAAGUCUCUUCUCCUCAUGCAGCGUAACGACGUUUUGACUGGCCUAUCGAUCAGACUUGGCCCCGCCCUCAAGAUCUAUGAGCGCCAUGUAAAGGUUCUGCAGAAAACACAUUUUGUGGAUGAUGACUGUUAACAAUAAAAUGCACACAGAGACUGUUAUGUCUGUAUACACAUAGCUCAAGUAAUCCUAUAAAAAUGUAUGCAUGAUCUACAAUACACUUCACUUUUCAUCUCAUGUCAAACAACACACACGCACGCACGCACGCACACAAACACACACACACACACACACACACCUAAUUUUCUCUUCCUCUGGCCCUCUGUGACUGCUCUGGUUCAGAAACAACACACAGAAAUGAGACUGGAUUUCCUGGACAACAGGGAUUUUCUGCCAAACCGAGCACACAUGUUAGAGGGACAAAGUAGACUUAUACAAUUUUAAGAUACAGAGGUUAAAAAAAAAAGUCAUGCAAUCAUGCGUCCUUUUUUAUUUCCAAUGAUCAAGCACUUUCUCGACUAAACUGUGCAACAUGGUUUGUUUUUAAACUGUUAUUUUGUGCUGACCUUUAUGCACAUUUUGAAGAAGGUCUGGGUAAUUCUGUGUGGAAGUAAAUUUCCUUUUGUUCUUUUGGGGCUGUGGUGCAAGGGUUUCUCACUUGUGGCUGUGUGUUUGUCAUUGCACACAUACUGUAUGUGUGUGGCAGGCAUGACAGAGCAUGUUGGAUUGAUCAGAAACAAAUUCGAAGUUAACCAGAUUUAACACAUUCCCAGAAGCUGGAGCGGAUGGUUGGGAUGCUGACCCAUCAAAUAUCCACCCUAUAUGUCAGACUAGAAUCCGGUGCAGGCUUCACGGCCAUGUGCAGAAGGCCGUAUAGGUCAAAGCAAUAAGCUGAUAAACUAAUUUCCGUACUAAAUUAAAUUAAGACUGGGGAUAGUAAAAACAUGGCUGACCGAGCAAAUGCAUUACUGUAAACUGCUCAGCUCGUUUCACUGCAGCAGAAGAUGUUUGCCUGCUGAAAGGAUUCCACUAUUACUAGGAAUUAUUAGGAAAUUUGUCCUGGAAAAGUUCAGCAAAGAGUAUACAGUAAGAAUACAAAAACUUCCAUUGAAAUAAAAAUCGCAGAGCUGAGAUGCUGAGGCUUCUUAAUGUGGCAGGACUCAUCAGUCAGGCUCAGGAUAGUAUCUCUGGACAAAUGAAAAUGACUGACGAUGUCCUCACUGCUGUAUAUUUCCUGAAAAGGUUUUUUUGGGGGUCAUUUGGUGCCACUGGUCAGCAGGUGUCACUGAUUGGUAUGGUGGAAACAUAACUCUUAGUUCAGAGUUAGCUUGGAGUAGAAUGGCUAGGUUUUUAGGGUUAAAAUAAGUCUACAACUAACACUACAGACACUACAGUCUAAAAUAUCUUAAUGAAACUGGCCUCAGAGUCGGCUGCAGAAAUGUUGAUCAAACAUGCCAGCUAACUGAACUGAAAUCAGCAGAGCAAUCAACUCUCAACUAAAUAUUAUAGUGUAUAUAUUAAUAAUCAGUCCAUUUUAUACAUCAGCCUCCAUCUGUAAAUUAUUAUUUUUAAAUGAUCUAACUGAUGUUAUCAAGAUGAUAUAGCAAGAUGUUAUUGCAGGGUAAAGCUGAGUCAAUCAAUCAACUAAUCUCAUACCACCAGCAUUUUACCGGUCAAAUCUUAGAAACCAAAUGCUGUCAUGAUCACAUAUCUCAUUCCCACCUUCACUGUAAGGGCAUACAUUCCAGGUUUGGAAUCUCCUCUGUGUAUGCAUUAUAAAAUGACUGUUUGUUUUCAUAUUUGUAUGUUUGUAUUCCCUUUUUUCAGCAUAUUGGUUUCAUUUUAUGAAGGUUUUCAGUCUACUCUCCACUCCCUGAUUUUCACAUCAAUGUUUCUUUGUGCAUUUAAACCUCCUCUACCUCUCUCCCCUCAUUUUCCCAUUCCCUGUCACUUUCUUUGCAACUUCCAAGAACACAUUUUCAGGUUAUUCCACUUAGUUGAAGCUGUAUGCUACGGUAUUCGUUGCCCCUAUUAGCAUUCAGAUCAUUUCAUUCUCAUUAGUCAAAUCUGUAGGAGAGGACAGCUGUGUUCGAGUCCAAAUUCUCACAAGGGUAUUGUAAAGUGUGUCUAUGCUCUUGUUGCUUGUCUCAAGUUGUUUGUUAAAGGACAAUUUUAGCAAUAAAAGUUUGAAUUAAAAUAC